UCUGACGUCAGAAAGGUCGUGGGUGAGAGGUGAUCUUGUUGUCUUUGUAAGAGUGGAGCUAGAUCACGCAGCCGUGUCUUCCCUCUUCCCCGAAUCCUCUCAAAACUCCCUCCCGAACCCUCCGAACCUUCCCCUCUUACCCCCCGGACCCUCCAUCCCUUCCCGGAGCGCGCGUCAGGUCGAUCAUCGGUGAGCACAGCUCCAGGUGUGGUGGUGUCGUCAUGGACUCUGGUGUGAUUGAAGGAGGACUCAAUGUCACGCUCACGAUCAGACUGCUCAUGCACGGUAAAGAGGUGGGCAGCAUCAUCGGGAAGAAAGGUGAAUCGGUGAAGAAGAUGCGAGAGGAGAGCGGUGCCAGGAUCAACAUUUCUGAAGGGAACUGCCCUGAACGCAUCAUCACCCUCGCAGGACCCACCACCGCCAUCUUUAAAGCUUUCUCCAUGAUCAUAGAGAAACUGGAGGAGGACAUCAGCAGCUCUAUGUCUAACAGUACGGCGACGUCAAAGCCUCCGGUGACGCUGAGGAUCGUGGUGCCGGCCAGUCAGUGUGGCUCUCUGAUCGGCAAGGGCGGCUGUAAGAUUAAAGAGAUCCGAGAGUCGACCGGAGCUCAGGUGCAGGUGGCCGGUGAUAUGCUGCCCAACUCUACUGAGAGAGCCAUUACUAUCGCUGGAACACCUCUGUCCAUCAUCGAGUGUGUGAAACAGAUCUGUGUGGUGAUGCUGGAGUCGCCUCCUAAAGGUGUGACCAUCCCUUACCGGCCCAAACCCUCAGGAUCGCCUGUCAUUUUUGCAGGAGGACAGGCCUAUGCGGUGCAGGGACAACAUGCCAUUCCUCAGCCUGAUCUCACUAAACUUCAUCAGUUGGCGAUGCAGCAGAGUCCGUUUCCUUUGGCUCCCAGUAGCCAGGGCUUCACUGCUGGUAUGGAUGCUGCUGCGCAGACAGGCUCUCAUGAACUGACCAUUCCAAAUGAUUUGAUCGGCUGCAUCAUCGGCCGUCAGGGUGCAAAGAUCAAUGAGAUUCGUCAGAUGUCAGGGGCACAGAUCAAGAUCGCCAAUCCGGUGGAGGGAUCGACCGACCGGCAGGUGACCAUCACGGGUUCACCCGCCAGCAUCAGUCUGGCCGAGUACCUCAUCAAUGCACGACUCUCAUCUGAGGCGACAGGGCUGGCUGCCAACUGAUGCUUUCCACCCCCCACACGGGCCAUUUUCUUCCUCCAUCAUCCUCCUCCUCACACAUUUACACUCUCUUAUGUGCAAAAACAAUCCCAAGUAUUCUCAGCCAAUCCUUUCCUUUCACCCGCCCGAGCUAUGCUUCAUGGAUAUACACAAGUAUUUUAUUUAUUUAUUUCAUGGAAAUGUUUUAAAAUCCCUUUGCGUACGGUUUUUAAUGUCUUUUUUCCUCAAUGCAUAUUCUGUCAGUUAACAUAUAAUCAUACGAAAGUGACAGUGGAGAAAGUGGAAAAAUCUGAGAAGACAAAUGUUUCUGUCAGAUUUUUCUUAGAAAAACAGAAAAAACAACAAUAAAAAAGAGCAACUAAAAUAUGCUAGAUUGACCGCUUUCCCUCGAUCUGACAUUUAUUUAUUUUAAUUUAACUCUGGGAAGUUACGGAUAUUUUAAAAUCUGAGAAACGAGCUUUAGGCGACGAGCUCGGAUGAAUCAGAUCGCUUUGAAUCUGGACGUAACUAAAGAAUCUCUUGUAUUUUCUUUUUUUUGGUCUUUGAAUAUUUGUCAUUCCUCUUUUUUAUCCUGAAGUUGGAGGUUUUGAUAGAGGGAGGGAUGAGAGAUGAGUGUCGCUGUAGAUUCUGCAUAAAUGACUUUACUGAUACAGAGUUGAAAAUAUUUCUUUUAGAGAGAUUUGUUUUUUUAAUGUCGUGGUGUGGAGGAUUACAGGUGGACAAGUUUAUUUGAUGAUGCGACUGAGUUACUGAUCAAUUAAAAGACUAGAAGGAACUUUCUAGAAUUAACACUAGUUUCCUGUCUACUCUGCUCGAGUAAUAGUUUUGUUUUGUAUAAUUAUAAUUAUUAUAUUAUUAUUAUUUCUUGCAGGAGGAAGGAAAACAUAAAACAUUUUUGUGCACGUUUUCAGAAUAUUGUAGAUUUGGAGUGCAGCAGGAAUGAAGAAUUAAACAUGCAAAAUUAAAACAUGAAAUGCUGAAACUAUGAAAUGAAA